CUUACCCUCAACUGCAACAACAUGGCUAAAGAACGCAUCCUCAUGUACGCCUCCAAGCAGUGGAGCACAAACGCGUACGAGUAUCAGAUCGAGAAGGACGAGUCGCCUUUCGAGAUCGUACCCACCUCUGACUUGUUGAGUGAAAACACUGUCAACCAAGCCAAGGGCUUCAAUAUCGUCUCCAUCUUCGUGAACGAUAAGCUGAACGCCAAGACCGCCGAGACCCUCGCCCAGCUCGGUGUUGGUCUCGUUGUCCUGCGCUGUGCCGGAUUCGACGGUGUCGACGUCGCAGCGUGCACCAAGCACGGUAUCACGGUCACGCGCGUGCCGGCGUAUUCUCCGCAUGCGGUUGCAGAGUUCGCUGUCGGCCUGCUCCUGGGCGUAAAUAGGAAGAUACAUCGCGCGUCGUCUAAGAUGCUCCACGGUGACUUCUCCCUGGAUGGUCUUGUUGGUUGGGACCUGUAUGGGAAGACCGCCGGUGUCAUUGGCACAGGCGCGACGGGUGCGAUCGUUGCGACGAUACUGCGCGCGUUCGGCAUGCGCGUCCUAUGCAGCGACAUCUACAAAAAUCCAUCCCUUCUGGACACCCCCGGUAUCACCUACGUCGACACGCUCGACGAGCUGCUUCCGGAGUGCGAUGUGAUCUCUCUCCACUGCCCCCUUACGGAGCACACGAAGAGGAUGGUAAACCGCGAGUUUAUCGCCAAGUGCAAACGUGGGUUCACGUUGCUGAAUGUAGCUCGCGGAGGCCUCGUGGACUCGGAGGCGCUGCUCCAGGGGCUGAGGCAGGGUCAGGUCGGUGCUGCUGGCAUGGACGUGUAUGAGAACGAGACGGAGAUCUUCUUCCAUGAUCAUAGGGAGGCGGGCAUACAUGAUGACAACCUUGGGAGGCUGUUGUUGUUGCCUCAGGUUUUGAUCACACCGCAUCAGGCCUUCUUGACGCGUGACGCCCUUAACACGAUCGUAGAGACGAGUCUCGAGAGCAUCCGACAAUAUCUGUCUGGGCAGCGCCUGCACGAAGUACAGCAUAGUCUGAACAAGCCCCCUGUUACGGAUUAGACAUACAGUUGAGAUCGGCUGGCUCCCACGCGGCAGUCGCGUUGCGCAGGACUUGAUGUAGUUACUGCACCCCUAUACCCGGGAACGUGAUAUGCGACUGAUACACC